UUAAUAUUUCUUUUUCUCUAAUCCUCUCUCAUCUCCGACGUCGGCCGUUUCUUUUUUAAUUUGAUUUUACAAAUUAAAUAAAAAGAGGUUGAUUCAAAAGAUCGAGAAGGUACCUGAAUCGUUUUCUUCUGAACAGAUGAGAAUCGGCGGCGUGGAGAUUAUGCAAUAUGCGUCGGAGAUGAUGACGAUGACGUCAUCUUCCUCGGCGGUGGAAGCGUUGAAUCUCAAGGAAGCUUCGAGCUGGUGGACGGAUGUAAACGAGUCGCCGAUUUGGCAGGAUCGUAUCUUCCAUGCUCUCGCUGUUCUCUACGGAAUCGUCUCCAUCGUCGCUGUGAUACAACUUGUGAGAAUCCAAUUGAGAGUUCCUGAGUAUGGAUGGACGACGCAGAAGGUCUUUCACUUCCUUAAUUUCGUUGUGAACGGAGUGAGGGCUGUGGUUUUUGUGUUUAGAAGAGAUGUGCAGUUCAUGCAUCCAGAGAUACUGCAACAUAUCUUGCUUGAUAUCCCAAGUCUUGCUUUCUUCACCACCUAUGCUCUUCUAGUCCUCUUCUGGGCAGAAAUUUACUAUCAGGCGCGUGCUGUGUCCACUGAUGGACUGAGACCAGGCUUCUUCACAAUUAAUGCUGUUGUUUAUGUAGUUCAGAUUGCUCUUUGGUUGGUUUUGUGGUGGAAGCCUGUUCGUGUUAUGGUAAUCCUGUCAAAAAUGUUCUUUGCUGGUGCUUCUUUGUUUGCUGCCCUUGGAUUUUUACUUUACGGUGGAAGGCUUUUCCUGAUGUUGCAACGGUUUCCAGUAGAAUCAAAAGGGCGGCGCAAGAAGCUGCAGGAGGUUGGUUACGUGACGACCAUAUGCUUUACGUGUUUCCUCAUCAGAUGUAUCAUGAUGUGUUUUGCUGCUUUCGACGAGGGGGCAAACCUUGACGUGUUGGAUCAUCCCAUCCUUAACUUCAUAUAUUACCUGUUGGUAGAGAUAUUACCUUCCUCUCUAGUCCUCUUCAUAUUGAGAAAGCUACCACCAAAGCGAGGCAUCACACAAUACCAUCAGAUUCGCUGAAAUGUAAAGACACGACAACUACUGAUCAGCGAAGAUGUUUCUUUUAUCGGAUGUGAUCAGUCUUUUUUGGUUGAUGUGGCCUGAGGGUCUUGUUCCCUUUAUAGGUAAUGUUGUAAAGAAAUGUUAAAAACGUAUCAAAGUAAUUAUCAUAUAAAAAAUCUCAAAUUCAUUGUUUUACUUAUUUAUUUGUGCUAAGUAGUUUAAAAGUUUCUCUUAAAAUAGCGGUAGUGUC